GUUCUUGCACAGAUCCUCAUGUUAUGUUCUGCUCUGUUUUGCAUCAGCACCUCCUAUCCCAAUUCAAUGGCCAUUAUGCCCUUCUAUUCUACCCUCCCUCCCCUUCUUCGUACCUCGUAAUUACUCCUUCCUUUCCUGUCCUUUCUGAAUCAGCUCCUUUCUCUCUCCUCCACUCUCCCCCAUCUCCUCCCAAACCCCACACACAACACUACGACAGCACUUGCAGCGUCAAUCGAAGCCCAAAGCCACCGUGAAAAUGGACAAUAGUAGCAGCAGAGCUGAAGCCGAACGGUGGCUCUACACCGCUAAUAAGCUCCUCAGCGCCAGUGAUCUGCACGGCGCUAGGUCUUUUGCAGUUCGAGCUCGUGAGUCUGAUCCUACAUUUGACGCCUCGGAGUUGCUCCUCGCUGUCAUCGACACCCUCCUCGCUGGCGAGAAUCGGAUCAAUGGCCUCCAUGACUGGUAUAGCAUCCUCCAGAUUCUGCCUUACACUCAUAACAUCGAGUACAUCGCUUCGCAGUACCGUCGUCUCGCUCUCCUCCUCGACCCUCACCGUAACCCUUUUGCGUUCUCUAGCCACGCGUUCACACUCGUUCAUGACGCGUGGUCUGUACUCUCCAGUCCCGCAAAGAAGGCUAUGUACGACAACGAGCUGCGUAUGGUCACCGGCCCACCUCCUACAGCCCCUCCCCCACAACCUGCUCCGGUGGCAACGGUGCAAGCGCCGAACCCGGUUCCGACUUCGAAUCCGAUUCCGACUCCCAAUCCACCCCUUGUCCAGCGGCCACCACAGCAGCAGCGAAGUCCGGCAAGGCGGGGCCCAAGGUCGAAAGAUGGGAAGGCGGCUGCCGGCGAGCGUAGGCCGAGCCCUAACAUUGCCACGACGGAGCCGACCCCACAAGCUCGGACGAGUGACCCAGUGGUGUCGGAGACGGGUUCGAGUUUCUGGACGGCGUGCCCAUAUUGUUACGUUAUGUACGAGUACCCGGAGUUGUACGAGGACUGUACCCUAAGGUGCCAGAGCUGUAGAAGGGGAUUCCAUGCGGUGAGGGUACGGACGCCGCCGGUGGCGGGGAAAGAUUCGUAUUAUUGCUGUUGGGGGUUUUUCCCGUUAGGGUUUUCUGGGGAUUUCAGACACAUAAGUGGGACUAAUUCCAAGUGGAACCCAUUCUCUGCAAUGUUUGCAUGCCCUUUGAGAGGAGGAGGAGGAGGAGGAGGAGGAGCAUCUAACAAGGGUUCUCGGAGAGGUCCUUGGGUUUUUCAUGAUGAUGAAGCUGCUGCUGCAUUCAUUGAACUUUCUGAUCCAAGUGAUGAUGAUUCUGAUGAUGCUGAUUGGGGAGCGAGGAGCGAGAGGGCAAAGAAGAGGGCUAAGAACAAAGGAAAAACCUCUGGUAAUGCUAGUGGUGAAGUUAGAAGAGCUUUUUCUGAAAGAACUAGGAGAGGGAGCCAGAGUGGGUCAGGACAUGCCAAUUUAGAAAAUGGCGUGGUCGGAGACGGUGGGUCUGGUGUGCCUAAUACUGUGAGGGCAGAAUUGAGUAAAAAAGCCGCGAAUAGCUCUAGAAGAAGGGGUGCAGGGAAUCUGGGGAAAUUGGAUUUGAAUGUGGAGUUCAGCAAUGAGGUGGAAGAGCCAGCCCCAGCAGUGAGAGAUGGUAAUGUAGCUGGAAAUGCUGAGGAAAAUAUAGAAGGGAAUGCAUUUUUUGAAGGUCUUGAUGAAUUCCUCAAUAGCUUGCCCAUCCUCAAUGUUGUAGCAGAUGACAAGAAAUCGUCCCAUUUGUUGAUCAAUGUUCUUGACUUAAUAGCACCUUUCAAUUUGAAGAAUGUAAGUUUAUGUUUUAAUCGGGACCUGGCUACAUUCCUUUAAAAGAUGGGAUUUUUUAUUGUUCUCUUGAAGUUUUGAUGUGUUAACAGUGGUUAUGCAAUCUAAAUUACCUACUUGUGCAUUUAUGAUGUAUAGUCAUGUAUUGAGUUCUGAAGUAUCAGAUCUCCAUGACUUUGGAAAGUACUAUUUUCGUUUAUCACAUGAAAAUAUGCUUUCUUCCUGGUGAGAUCCCUCCACACUAUAAGCUCUUGGAUAUUGAUUUCUUUCCUUGUGCUUUCUUCUACUUGAAUGAUUUGGCAUUGGAUGUCUUGAUGACAUGGCAUGCCACCUAGGACGUCACAUAGGAUCUCAUCACUUCUUC